GAAUUUUUUUUAAAGGUUAGUAACUUGAAUAUUUCACAAGUCAUGUUGCUCAACUAUGCGGAACAGUUUUUAUAUUUUCUUACUUCUCCUGCUACCUCAAUCAUUAGGUUGGCCUGUUUUGAGAGAUGUAACUUGCUGUACAAGUUCAGGAUUUUUUCUCUGUGGUUGAACAACCAGCUGCAGAAUAAAGGUUAGUCACCAUGGUCUCUUGCUACAUCAAUUAAAGUGUACCUUACUUGAAGCAAACAGGCUCCUGUACAGGAGUUCAGGACUCUACCUCUGUGAUAAACACCAUGGCAAAUCCAGUGGCAAAACUAAAGCUGGACUACUCUUUCAAACAACUUUCACACAAGCUCAUUGUUUAUGAAGUGUAAUCCAUUCCAGCAGAAGAGAUCAGACUCUUCAGGACUCAGCUGUGUGUUUGUGUAAUCUUUAAUAAUAUUCAACGAUGGAGACUCCUGAUUUGGACACAGAUAAUGUGUCCCCGCCCUCAAAAACAUGUAAACUCCAGGGAAAGGGAUCAGAAUCACCAGCACCCAGCUGUAUCUCCAUGAAGAGUGAUCAGUCUAGGGAGGUUCCUCUGGAGUUUAAAGAUGGAGACUCCUCACUUCUACACAGCUCCAGGGUCUGCAGUGGCUGUCAGUGUGGAGUUUCACAUGUUCCCCCCUUGUCUGUUGUUCCACAAAAGGCAGGAGACAGGAUAGGAAAGAUCAUCACAGAUACAGGACACGACCCAGAAUCUGCUGCUGUGAAUGAAUUCCAGAAAAAGUUCAAAUUAAAUCUGAUGAAGAAGUUUCAGUGUUUGAAUGGAGUGAUCAUAAACCUGGGAAACCAAACACUCCUGAAUGAGAUCUACACAGAGCUCUACAUCACAGAGGGAGACAGUGGAGAAGUCAAUAAUGAACAUGAGGUGAGACAAAUCGAGGCAACAUCCAGGAGAACAACAACAGAGGACACACCAAUCAAAUGCAAUGACAUCUUGAAGCCCUUAUCUGAACAAGAUGAACCCAUCAGAACUGUGCUGACAAAGGGAGUCGCUGGCAUCGGAAAAACAGUCUCUGUGCAGAAGUUCAUUCUGGACUGGGCUGAAGGGAAAGCAAAUCAGGACAUCCACCUCAUAUUUCCACUUCCUUUCAGAGAGCUAAAUUUGAUGAAGGACCAGAAACUGAGUCUGAUGGAGCUCCUUCAUGUCUGUUUUAAGGAAACAAAAGAAACAGAAAUGUCCAGGUUAGAAAAGGUUCUGUUCAUUUUUGACGGAUUGGACGAGUGUCGUUUUCCUCUAGAUUUCCAGAACACAGUGAGAGUGUGUGAUGUUACUGAAUCAGCAUCAGUGCAUGUGCUGCUGAUAAACCUGAUCAAAGGGAAUCUGCUUCCCUCUGCUCUCAUCUGGAUCACCUCUCGACCAGCAGCAGCUGAUCAAAUCCCCUCUGAGAGUGUCCAUCGAGUCACAGAGGUACGAGGGUUCAAUGACCCACAGAAGGAGGAGUACUUCAGGAAGAGAAUCAGUGAUCAGAGCCUGGCCAAUAACAUCAUCACACACCUGAAGUCAUUAAGAAGUCUCUACAUCAUGUGCCACAUCCCAGUCUUCUGCUGCAUUUCGGCCACUGUUUUAGAGAGAAUGUUGGGUGAUGCAGAGAGUGGAGAGAUGCCCAAAACUCUGACUCAAAUGUACACACACUUCCUCAUCAUUCAGACAAACAUCAUAAGAGAAAAGUACUCAAAGAAACAGGAGAGUGAUGAAGAAAUGCUUCUUAAACUGGGACAACUGUCUUUUCAGCAGCUGAUGAAAGGAAACCUGAUCUUCUAUGAGGAAGACCUGAGAGAGUGUGGCAUUGAUGUGAGAGGAGCAGCAGUGUACUCAGGUGUGUGUACGCAGAUCUUCAGAGAGGAGUUUGGGCUUCACCAGAGUAAAGUGUACAGCUUUGUUCAUCUGAGCAUUCAGGAGCACCUCGCAGCUCUGUAUGUGCACCUGACCUUUAUGAUGGAAAAGAGAAAUGCUCUUAGUCAGUAUCAGUUCUUUGAAAGGGGAAUGAGAAACAAUACAAUCUCAGAUGUACACAAGAGUGCUAUAGAUCAGACUUUAGAAAGUCAGACUGGACAUCUAGAUCUUUUCCUUCGCUUUCUUCUGGGUCUCUCACUGAAGUCCAAUCAGAAUCUCCUACAGGCCUUAGUAACACAGACAGGAAGUAGCUCCCAGAGCAUAGAGGAAACAGAUCAGUACAUUAAGAAGAAGAUCAGUGAAGAUCUUCCUACAGAGAAAUCCAUCAAUCUGUUCCACUGUCUGAAUGAACUGGGUGAUAAUUCUCUAGUGGAGGAAAUCCAACACUACCUGAAAUCUGGAAAACAAAGUGAACUCUCUUCUUCACAGUGGUCUGCUCUGGUGUUUGUGUUACUGACAUCAGCACAGGAGCUGGAAGAGUUUGACCUGAGUAAAUAUUACAGUACAGAUAAGAUACCAGAAGCUGUUCUUCUGAAGCUGAUCCCUGUGAUUGCAGCCUCUAGAAAAGCAAUUAUCAGGUGUGAUUCACUUGAAGUGAAAAGUUGGUCAGGUCUGGUCUCAGCGCUCAGCUCAGAAACCUCCAAUUUGAGAGAACUGCAUCUGUCUGUGAAAACACUGAAUCUGUCCUGGAAUAAACUAGGAGACUCAGGACUGAAGAGUCUCUGUGCUGUACUGGAGAAUCCUCACUGUAAAGUGGAGAUACUGAGGUUACGUAAUUGUGGAGUCUCAGAUGAAGGCUGUGCUGCUCUGACUUCAGCUCUGAGAUCAAACCCCUCACACCUGAGAGAACUGGAUCUGUGCUGUAAUAAUGUAGGAGACUCAGGAGUGAAGUGUCUUUCUGCUGUACUGGAGAAUCCUCACUGUAAACUGGAGGCACUGGGGUUGUGCAAUUGUGGUGUCUCAGAUGGAGGCUGUGCUGCUCUGACUUCAGCUCUGAGUUCAAACCCCUCACACCUGAGACAACUGGAGCUGUCAUUUAAUAUUGUAGGUGACUCAGGAGUGAAGAGUCUAUCUGCUGUACUGGAGAAUCCUCACUGUAAACUGGAGAUACUGAGGUUGUUUAAGUGUGGUGUCUCAGAUGAAGGCUGUGCUGCUCUGACUUCAGCUCUGAGAUCAAACCCCUCACACCUGAGAGAACUGAAUCUGUCUGAGAAUGAAAUAGGAGACUCAGGAAAGAGGCUGCUUUGUGCACUUAAGGAUGAUGAACAUUACAAACUACAGACACUGAUGUGAGUGAUGUGAGGUUUUUAGAUAAAUUUUGGAAAAAAUACCAGAUUAAUUAUUGAACCUCAUUUUCAUUAGUUUGUACAUUUCUCUUUAGUUCCAAUAAAUAUCAGAUUACCAGGUUAGGAAAUAAAACCAGUUUUAGAAAAUUACACUAUAUUCUAUUUAAUCUGAUGUUCUCUCCCCUAACAAUAGGCUUUAAUGCUUUUUUGUGUUCAGUAAAGUGUGUUGAUUUAAAAUUAAUGUGAAGGCAGAAGACAGGGUCUACAAAAUGUUAUAAAUGAGUGCAUGAGACUAAUUGUAAAUGAACACCUCGUCUCCUUGUGACAGCCUGCUAUCUCUGACUUCAUACUGCUGCUUUUGUCUGAACAAGAUGAUUUCUGAUUUCCCUGUU